AUGGAUUUUGACGAAGCUAACGCAAUGAAAUCUUUGGCAAGAAAGCUUCUACAUGAUGUUGUUCUAAACGCUUUCUAUGUGCACUGUUCUGCACAUUGCAAUGAGCUUUUCGUUAAAGAUGUGAUGAAACAGUCACCUUUGUUGUCAACAUCGCGUGAUCUUUGUCAAGCUAUCUGUGAUGGGAUUGUGGGUGCGUACUCCAAACGCACAGGGGCGGAUUUAGGGGUUGUCAAACCAGUCACGCGACUAACGUAAAAAUUGCAAACUUAAUUAAAGUCUUAAAUAUUCGACCAAUAGUCCAGUUAUUUUUUAUCAUGUAGCGACAUCUUAUAAUAGUCCAGUAUCUAUUAUCAUGCAGCGCUAGCAAUUAACAUUCCAAUCGAACUGUAGCCCAGUGAUCAAAUUUCAUACAGUGGUUGAGCCGACGAGCUUAGUCAAGUCAAUGAACAGCUUACAUACGCAAAGUCGGUCAGUCAAAAAGUCAAAAUCCAGUGUUUUGAUUGGUCUGGACGCUUAUUGCCAUGGUAAGAAGCGAUUUUUUUCGAUUUUGACUGAUCUGUGGGGAGUUCUGACCGAUUUACAAAAGUCAGGGGCGCUCCAUUAGUCGGAAUAUCAUUAAUAUUUGACGCGUGGUAAAGUCUUUCCGAGCGCGCGCUCAUUCGAAGUGUCAUGUUGUAGCUUUGUCGGAAGAUUCAAUUUAAAGAUAUCUAUGGAAAAUUCGGAAAUGUCUGCUGCUCCAGACUCCAGUCCUUGUAGUAUUCACGAAACGGUUCAAUCCGCAUUUGCAGUGAAUAAAUUAGCUGUCUCACAAGACUGUUGCGCUGAUCUUGGGAGGAAAAUCAACGCUAAAUAUCGGAGAGUUCCAUUCAGUGAGCAGUUGCUAAGCGGCGUAUGCGCCACGAAUAGCACGAACUACAGUUUGACUGUUUGAGUAGAAGUAUUGGCGCCGAGAUCUUUAUUCUGAAGUGCAAUAAGGUAAAUUAAUUUGAUAUGUAAAUUUUAUUUCGUUUUAGACAGCAUAACAAUAUUUAUAAGCGAACAAGAUGCGCGCCAUGCAUAUGUAAAAUUGUAACUUGAAUACGCGUAUCUUGAUUUAGAUUUAGCUAUGAAUUUUGAUUUACACAACAAAUUGCAUAUUUGUAAUUCUGCGGUUGAAGGUCCGUCAGAACUCUCAAGGCUAUUACUAUGGAGGAUAACCUAUAUAAAUGCUUUAACGCAGUGUACAUAGGAUAUAAAGGUCAGGUUUUAUAGAUGAAUGUUAAGACUUUAAUAUUGAUAUAUGUUUAUUUGAGUAAUAUGACAGUGUAGUGAUUACUAGUCAAGUGAUCAAUGACUCAACAAGGCUAUUAGGCAACAAAAAUGAGUGCAGUGCUAUCAUGAGAUAGUUAAACAUAAUACUAGCAAUCCGUAAUUUGAUAAAAUGAAACAUCUUCCACAAUUAUCACAUUUCUGCAAGUACUUCUCCUUUACUUUUCCCUAAGGAGCCAGUUGUGAGAGUCAGUCAGACUGAUAAUUGCUAUAAUUGUCUCUCAUUUCAUGAAAUGAAUUGUUGAAGCUGCUUUCAGAGCGAUGCAAAGUGCGUUUCGGAGGUUUAAAAAUAUAAAAAUUCUUGGGGGACAGACCCCCCUAGGUGCCUCGCGCAUUCGCCGCCCGCAAAACUAGAUUGUACAUCCGAAAACUUUGACUAACGUACGAAAAAUCCUGGAUCCGCUCCUGCAAACGCAUUCUAUUAUUUGAAGAAAUUCAGAAAUAUUUCAAACACGAAAAUAAUAGUGACGAAUAUAAGCUCCUUACACUCCAAAGCCUCUUCGCCACAAGAUGGACAACAAGAGCCAAAGCAGCUAAUGUUAUCUUUGAUAAAAACGCCGAGCUGCGCACAACGCUGGAAAAGCUAAAUAAAGAUCCCAAUAUUUCUGCGGAAUCCAAAACAAGGAUCCGAAGAAUUCUUAAGAGACAGAUGUCUUCCUUGCACGUCCCCUUCAAAUUGAAUAUGACGCGAAAGCUUGUUGUUUUGUUUGGAAAGUAUUCAAAAGAGCUCACGGAGUCGACAGUUCCGUUGAUUAUGCUUUGUAUUCUUUGCGGCUUAUUACACAGAGGUUGA